CACUGCAUUGUUCAGAGGUUGCAUCUCUUAUCCAUCUGUGGAAGAGGAUUAAAAGCUAAGAAUCCAUCUUCCCUGAAGAUGCUCCCCAGUGACUACUGACAUUCCUUAAAGCUCCUCAGCUGAGCCAAAUCCUCUUGGAAACUUGGUACCUUUUGUCAGUAGCAGUCAGUGGCAACAGUGAUGCUCCAGUGGGGUAGAAUGACCUCAGGGAAAGCAAUCAAAAGUUACCUUUCCCUCUCCAAGAGAUUCCAAACUUAAUUUUCUCCACCAAACCCAAGCAGUAAACCAUCAUAUUUCCUUCCUCUCCCCUCUCUCUCUAGAAUGGAGUGCUAUAUUUGCCUUGAGCCUCGCUUUGUUUGUCUGAGUACUGAGAGGAGGAGAAGGCGGGGGGAGAUGGGUGGUGGCGCUCUUCUGGCUCAGCUGCUUGGGUUCUGUUUCUGGGGGUCUCUGUGGCUGGCUGGGCCGGUGGCGGCGUACUCCGGCGGCGGACUGGGCAAGGCGGCCGUGGUUGUGGACGGCGCGGCAGCCAUUGCCGUGACAGAUGAGGAUUUUGUGUGUGCUACUCUGGAUUGGUGGCCACCUGAGAAAUGUGACUAUGGGACAUGCAGCUGGGGGUUGGCUUCCAUGCUCAAUCUGGAUCUAUCCAACCCCAUCUUGUUGAAUGCAGUGAAAGCAUUCUCUCCACUGAAACUUCGCCUCGGGGGUUCCUUGCAAGAUAAGGUCAUAUACGACACAGGAAAUCCACAACGGCCAUGUGUGCCAUUCCUCAAGAACACUUCUGAGAUGUUUGGUUUCUCUCAAGGAUGCUUACCCAUGUCCAGAUGGGAUGAGCUGAAUGAGUUCUUCGACGAAGCAGGGGCACUCAUCAUUUUUGGGUUGAAUGCCCUCAAUGGAAGGGUCCCUGAGAGUGAUGGUUCACUAGGAGGACCUUGGAACUACACCAAUGCCGCUUCUCUCAUUCGGUAUACAGUCGAUAAGGGUUACACCAUCCAUGGUUGGGAGCUUGGCAAUGAACUAAGUGGAUCUGGAGUUGGAGCUAGAAUUGGUGCAGACCAGUAUGCUGCAGAUGUGAUCACCCUCAAAUCAAUCAUCAAUGACAUCUACCAAGGCUUCCCAGUCAAACCACUGGUACUGGCACCAGGGGGCUUCUUUGAUGCAGGCUGGUUCACUGAACUAGUCAACAAGACCAAACCCAACUCACUGGAUGUGAUCACUCACCACAUCUAUAAUCUUGGUCCAGGUGUUGAUCAGCACUUGGUUGAGAAAAUUCUUGAUCCAACUUAUCUGGAUGGUGAAGCCGCCACAUUCAGCUCUCUUCAAGGAAUCCUCAGCAGUGGAGGCACUUCUGCCACUGCCUGGGUUGGUGAAGCAGGAGGAGCUUACAACAGUGGCCAUCAUCUGGUGACUGAUUCCUUUGUCUUCAGCUUCUGGUACCUGGAUCAGCUCGGCAUGUCAUCCACAUACAACACCAAGACCUACUGCAGGCAGUCACUGGUUGGAGGAAACUAUGGUCUCCUCAACACCACCACUUUCCAUCCCAAUCCUGAUUACUACAGUGCUCUUUUGUGGCACCGGCUGAUGGGGAAACAAGUUCUGCGGACAAACUUCACUGGAAGCAGAAUGACAAGGGCUUAUUCACACUGUGCCAAAGAAUCUCAAGGGAUCACACUGCUGUUGAUCAAUCUCAGUGGCAACACCACCACUGAAGUUUUUGUCACCACCAAGACUGCUUACUCUGCUCUGAAGACAGCUGAAUCCACAAGGGAGGAGUACCACUUGACAGCCAAGGAUGGGGACAUCCACAGCCAGACCAUGCUGCUGAAUGGCCACAUCUUGGCUGUGGACUCAGAUGGCCAUAUUCCAGAGCUUGAACCUGUGAAAGUUGCAGCAUCAGAGCCCAUCACAGUUGACCCAUUCUCCAUUGUCUUUGCCCACAUUCCUUAUUUCCAUGCUCCGGCUUGUAGGUAAUAUUGUGCUGCUCAAUUCAUGGAGGAUGGACUACAAAGUAGUCCAUUCAUGCAUGAUUGGUUGUGGUUCUUUUUCUGAGAAUGUUUGAUCAAAUAAUAAGUGAAAUAAAGGAAGUAAACCAAAAUUGUCUAA